AAGAGUUAAGAAACUUGAAACCUUGUUUGCGCAACAAUCAGCGCCGCGGAGCCGCCAAAGUGUCUAGACUGGCAUAUGAUGGGAGGCAGCCAAUGACUCCGCGGCGCUCCUCCGGGGGCCCUCAGUGUGCGUUUGAGGAGAACAAAAAAGAGAGAGAGCGCCGAGCGGGGGAGCGAGCGAGGGAGCGGAGCCCAGAGAAAGAGCCGCCGGGCGCUGCCUCGCCAAACCUCGCUGGGACCGCGGGGCCACCGGGAGGCACUUUGGUGGAGGGGGGAGGGGGGCGACCUCGGCAGCAGCGGCGCUCGAAGCGACCCAGCGUAGCGUGGGGCGGGCUGCGACCUCUGCCUCGGUGGAUUGCAUUUUUAAUUAAGGAUUCCCAGCAGCUCUUUGGGAUUUUCUUUACGGCUUCCACUCAUGUGUUGACACCCGCGUUCAGGAGAGACUUGCCCCAAAUGCACCGAGUGCCCAGGACCUGAGACGGAGUUGCUUUUCGUGCGUGCAAAUCCAAGCAUUUUGGGUUUUGUUUGGGACCUUUUUCUUGCUUUGCUUUUAUUUUUAUUUUAUUUUAUUGCAGGGAUCUGGGAGUUAUCCACAAGCCUGAGUUUCGGAUCCUGCAGAGAAAACUCCUGUAGCGUUAGCACUUGGCUUUUGAAGGGAGAGCUGUGCAGACAUUUGGGGGUACGACGCAAGCGCUUUGUGCUGGUAUACCAGCCGCGCAACUUUUGAAGGCUCGCCGGCCCAUGCAGGGUGUUUCUAGCAUCGCUUCGCCCGCGAGUCCCUUAAGGCUCCAGGGCAGCUGGAGUUGAGCAGUCCCGGUCUACCGUGGUCCAUGUAGCCCGCUGGUCCCGCGCGGACUGCGACUCGGCGCGCUCGUGUUCCCGGCCCUGCCCGGCGCGAGCUCCCUCAUGUUGCAGUCCUGCGGUGCCCCUUCGACGACAGGCUGUGCGCGGUCUGCACGGCGCCCCGUGGCAGAGCUUCAUGUAGGGCUGCGGCCCGCGCAGCCGGCGCCUCGUUGAGGGAACGGACCCCCGGUAAUCGGAGACCGCCUCCCCUCCCACCACCCCAGGCGCCAAAGGAUAUCGUAUGUUCAGGUCUAAACGCUCGGGGCUGGUGCGGCGACUUUGGCGAAGUCGUGUAGUCCCUGAUCGGGAGGAAGGUAGCGGUGGAGGCGGUGGUGGCGACGAGGAUGGGAGCCUGGGCAGCGGAGCUGAGCCUGCCCCGCGGGCAAGAGAAGGCGGAGGCUGCAGCCGCUCCGAAGUCCGCUCGGUAGCCCCGCGGCGGCCCCGGGACGGAGUGGGACCGCGAGGCGCCCUGAUCGCAGGCAGGCGCCGGCGCACGGGGGGCCCCCCGAGGCCGGUGUCGGAGCCGGGGGCCGGAGCCGGGGGCUCCUCGCUGGAUGUGGCGGAACCUGGAGGCCCGGGCUGGCUGCCUGAGAGUGACUGCGAGACGGUGACCUGCUGUCUCUUCUCUGAGCGGGACGCUACAGGCGCGCCCCGGGACUCAGGCGAUCCCUCAGCGGGGCAGUCCCUGGAGCCGGAGGAGGGCAGCGGGCCUCGGAGUCGCGAAGCCCGUUCCCGGCUGCUGCUUCUGGAGCAGGAGCUCAAGACAGUCACGUACUCGCUGCUCAAGCGGCUCAAGGAGCGUUCGCUGGACACGCUGUUGGAGGCGGUGGAGUCCCGCGGCGGCGUGCCGGGAGGCUGCGUGCUGGUGCCGCGCGCCGACCUCCGCCUAGGCGGCCAGCCCGCGCCACCGCAGCUGCUGCUCGGCCGCCUCUUCCGCUGGCCAGACCUGCAGCACGCAGUGGAGCUGAAACCCCUGUGCGGCUGCCACAGCUUCGCCGCCGCCACCGACGGACCUACAGUGUGUUGCAACCCCUACCACUUCAGCCGACUCUGCGGGCCAGAAUCACCGCCACCCCCCUAUUCUCGGCUGUCUCCUCGUGACCAGUACAAGCCACUGGAUCUGUCCGAUUCCACAUUGUCUUACACUGAAACCGAGGCCACCAACUCCCUCAUCACUGCUCCGGGUGAAUUCUCAGAUGCCAGCAUGUCUCCGGAUGCCACCAAGCCGAGCCACUGGUGCAGCGUGGCGUACUGGGAGCACCGGACACGCGUGGGCCGCCUCUAUGCGGUGUACGACCAGGCUGUCAGCAUCUUCUACGACCUACCUCAGGGCAGCGGCUUCUGCCUGGGCCAGCUCAACCUGGAUCAGCGCAGCGAGUCGGUGCGGCGCACGCGCAGCAAGAUUGGCUUCGGCAUCCUGCUCAGCAAGGAGCCUGACGGUGUGUGGGCCUACAACCGGGGCGAGCACCCCAUCUUCGUCAACUCCCCGACUCUGGAUGCGCCUGGAGGCCGCGCCUUGGUCGUGCGCAAGGUGCCACCGGGCUACUCCAUCAAGGUGUUUGACUUUGAGCGCUCAGGGCUGCUGCAGCAUGCGGAUGCUGCCCAUGGCCCCUACGACCCACACAGCGUGCGCAUUAGCUUCGCCAAGGGCUGGGGACCCUGCUACUCGCGACAAUUCAUCACCUCUUGCCCCUGUUGGCUGGAGAUUCUCCUCAACAACCACAGAUAGCAUCGCGGCUGCCAGAGCGCCGCAGCAUCCCCCAACCUCCGGGGGUCAGCGCCUAGAGACGCCACCCCAGGGACAACCUCGCCUUCCCCCCAGAUAUCAUCUACCUAGAUUUAAUAUAAAGUUUUAUAUAUUAUAUGGA